AUGAAAUUGCUUUACUUUGGCCUCUCAUUGCUGCUGUGUCUGAGCUGGGGUCAGUUGAAUGUGGGGGCCCAAUCAAAUGAAUUAAAAGUGCACCGCGUGAUGAAGGAGCUGGGUGUGGUGCCCGAUGUGCUCAAACAGCCGCCCAAAGCGUUACUUAAGAUGCGCUUUGAGGAUGAUACGGAAAUUGAAGAGGGCAAGACGUACACGCCCACUGACAUGAAAUUUCAGCCUAGGCUGGAGUGGCUGGCAGAUGCGGACACUUAUUAUACGAUCGUCAUGCUCAGUCCCGAUGCACCAAGUCGUGAGAAUCCUAUGUAUAGAUCAUGGCUGCACUGGCUAGUGGUCAAUGUGCCGGGCAUGGAUGUGGCCAAGGGCCAGGUAAUCUCUGAAUACUUUGGACCCCUGCCGCCGAAGGAAAGCGGCCUCUUGAGAUAUGUGGCGCUUGUCUAUCAGCAGCCGGAUAAGCUUAGCUUUGAUGAGAAGAAACUGGAUCUGAAAAAUGCCGAAGGUCACAGCAAUUUUGAUGUGCAGAAAUUCACGGAUAAAUAUGAAAUGGGGGAACCGCUGGCAGGCAAUAUAUUUCAAUCCAAAUGGGACAGCUACGUGACGGAGCUUAUGAAAAUGUUGUACGAUGUGGACGAGUGACAAUGGGCAAAACUAUGCAGCUUUGGUAUUGGGUGCAAACACAAUAUGCUUUAUAUAUAAUAAUCUUUAAUUUAAGGUCGAUUCUCUUCACUUAUUAAAUGAAAUGCUUUUCUUGAGU